AUGGUGAACACCAAGGGCGUCGAGCCGGUGCACCGCGCCGCCGGGCUGCCGCUGACGGCGCUGAACCACAUCUCCGUGGUGUGCCGGUGCCUCGAGAGCUCCCUCCGCUUCUACCGCGACGUCCUUGGAUUCGUCCCCAUCCGCCGCCCGGGCUCCUUCGACUUCGACGGCGCAUGGCUGUUCAACUACGGCAUAGGCUGCGAGAGCAUGGAGGCGGUGCAGCGGCGGCUCAAGGAGCUGGGCAUCCGGUACGUGCAGCUGCGCGUGGAGGAGAGCGGCAUCUACGUGGACCAGCUCUUCUUCCACGACCCCGACGGCUUCAUGGUCGAGGUCUGCACCUGCGACAACCUCCCCAUCGUGCCCCUCGUCCCCGAGGGCCAUGCCAUCCUCGGCCUGCCGCAGCAGCCUGCAGCACCAGCCUGCAAGCGUCCAGCAGCCGCCCUCAGGCAGCUGCAAGCGCCAGCGCCGCAGCAGCCGCUUCCUGUUCCCGUGGCCGUCUUUCCAACCCCGGCAAAGGCCAGCGGCUGCGGCAGCUGCGUCGGCGAGGUCGAGCUCGAGGAAAGCAUCCCCACUUGCGCGACGAGGUCUUGCCCGGAGCACGCGUGCGUGUAG